UUUCAGUGUGCCCACAUACACUGCAUAUAUAAAUCUGGACCAGGGCUGUAGGCAGUAAUGUGUAUGUAAAGGUGGGAUAAAGAAACGGUGCUCAAAAACUGGUGUGAGGGCCAAACAUGGACCGUGUGGGAAAGAUCGUGUUUUAUGAAGACAGAAACUUCCAAGGUCGCUAUUAUGAGUGCAGCAGUGACUGUCCAGAGCUCAACACCCAUUUCAGUCACUGCAACUCUAUCCGUGUCGAGAGUGGGUCCUGGGUACUCUACGAGAGGCCUAACUACAUGGGCUACCAGUACAUACUGACUAGGGGGGAGUAUCCAGAUUUUCAGAGCUGGAUGGGCUACAAUGACAGCAUCAGGUCAUGUCGGAUCAUACGGAACACCUCUGGAGCGUUCAGGGUCCGUGUUUAUGAGCGUCCUGACUUCAGUGGUCAGAUGUUGGACUGCACUGAAGAUGAGAACAACCUGCCCGACCGCUGGCACCACCGCGAGGUUCACUCUGCCCACGUGCAGGAUGGCGCCUGGGUCUUCUACGAGCUUCCCAACUAUCGUGGACGCCAGUAUCUCCUGGAAAGAGGAGAGUACCGCCGCUUCAAUGAGUGGGCUGCCAUGAGUCCCAAUGUGGGGUCUUUCCGCCGUGUCCAUGACAUUUAGACAGUCUAUCGCAUGUUUUCAGUCUAUCUCAUGUUCUUUGCACAUUUAAUAAAAAAGAAUUGUGCUCAGAACGUGUAUCCCUUCAUGCUCAUCAGUGCACAAGACAAGACGUCAUAUUUGGUUUGGCUACAUCUGGGUGUUCAAAGCAGUUGAAAAUUCUAUAAAAAGGGUUGUUAACUUAAACCUAACCCUGGAUGUGUCGCCAGUGACCUGGUAGCUGUUAAGAAGUUAAAGGAACCUCAAAGUCCUCUCCAAAGUUUUUUGUGGUUCUCUAUCCUGGCACGUUCAGUAAAAAAAAGUUCAAACUGAUUCAGCACUGUAGUGUUGUUCAUGUCUAAUGCAUUUAAUGUGUUAGAGUUGCAGCUGAGAGCUUCUGGAAAAAAAGAUGAAUAACAUGAAUGUAACUUACUUAUUGAUAAAAGCUCUUUGAUUUUCCAAUGUACCUUUUUGAC